GUCAUAUUCUUUAUGAAAAUCUAUGAUAAAUAUCAAUAACGUCAAUGUAGCACUUCAGUUCCAAAUAUGGUUCCCAAUGAGUUACGGGGCUGCUCUAGCAGAAUGGCUCGUUUAGUGAUUCUAGCGUUAAGUAUGUUCAUUGCAUUAUCUACGAGUGAUGUUACUCCUCGCCGAGAUGCAGAGUAUCCACCACCGGAAUUUUUGGAAGCCAUGAAACCCCUUCGUGAUAUUUGCGUGCAGAAAACAGGAGUUACCGAAGAGGCGAUUAAGGAGUUCAGCGAUGGAAAGAUUCAUGAAGAUGAAAAGCUAAAGUGCUACAUGAAUUGCCUGUUUCACGAGGCGAAAGUAGUUGACGAUACCGGACAUGUCCAUUUGGAGAAACUUCAUGACUCCCUGCCCGAUUCUAUGCAUGACAUAGCACUGCACAUGGGCAAACGCUGCCUAUACCCAGAAGGAGAAAACCUUUGCGAGAAGGCAUUCUGGUUGCAUAAAUGCUGGAAGGAGUCCGAUCCAAAGCAUUAUUUCUUGAUCUAACGAUAACAGGAAAACAAAACAAUUCCAUUCUAUGCUAAAAGCACUUAGUGAUGUGACUAAACAAUACAACAUCUAAAUUUAUUUACCGUAGACAGUGACUAACAAUACAGUGAAAUAAAGUAACAAAUUUUUGCUUGAGUUUUGAAUGCUUUAAUAUUUUAGGUAAUCCGAUUUCAAUUUCAAUCGAAAAAUUAUCUAAAAU